GUUUUUUGGAAUGUUUAUGUUUGAACUGAGAAAUGCUUUAGCCUACAGUUUGAGUACUACAGAAAGAUGAAGCAAGAUUUCCUCCUAACUGUUUAAUUAGGAUUUGACUCCACAUCUGGCAGAUAAAAAUGGAAACCGACAUUGUAAAGCAAUACAACAACCUGCUGGAGGAAAAUGACCAGUAUAAGAAGCUCAUCAGCCAGCAGAAGGAUAAUUUGGCCACUCUGGAUAGGGAGGUAACUGUGUCAGAGAGCAGGAUUCUGGAGAUGUUAACAGUCCCAGGUGGUAUCCUAAAACAACAAGGGGAACAUGGCCGCCACAGGAAACACAUCCGUGUCUUAGAAAACAAACUCAACCAGGACACCGUUAAGUUUGACGAGUUGCUGUGCAGCAACAUGGAUCACCGCAAACACAUUGCUCACCUUCUGCAGCAGAAAGACUUAUGGCGCAGUAUCGAAAGGAAAUUCAACAGACAGUUGGCUGCACAGCAAAACAUCACAGAGAAACUGGGGGAAAGGUUUAAUAUUGCUUUCAGCCAGAGGUCAGAGGCCGAGCUCCGAAUGCUGGAGCUGAGGGAGUGCAACGAGCUGGAGACAGUUCUUUUUGCUAAGAGAAAGAUGCAGCUGAAGACUACCAUCGCCCAUGACGUCAAAAGGCAGACUUUCAUGGAGACAAAGUUCCAGGGAAUGAUUCCUUUGGAAGAAGAUAAAGACUCCAAGAAGAAAAAGAAACAGCAUCAAUGUGAGAAUGGAGUAAAGGAGCUGGAGAUGUACAUGCAGGGACACAGCACUCUGGUGCGGGUCACUGAAGAAAGAGACCUGCGUCAAAUAAGCCACAUGUUUAUUCAGAAUGAACAGAAGAAUUUUGCUCACAUCAGUUACAUCAACGAGCUCCAUAAAAGAAGGAACAUGUUGAAGAACUGCACAGACAAGAUGAAGAGUGAUAUCCUGUUCCUGGAGGAAGAGAACAAAGGACAUGAUGAGCAGAUUGAAAGCCUUCUUAAGGAUCUAGAGUCUGAGUUGGAGAAGUAUAGCUGUCUGUCCGACUCGCUGGAGAAGCAGUGUGCUGUGGUUCAGAGUUCUCUGGACCAGCUGAUGACUGCCAUCAGUGGUCUUUUAGACAAGAUAAUGCAAGAAGUGGUCAUCGUCAACACUGACAACAUUGUACACUUCACCAGUAUCCUUGAGGAGAGAAUUAGUAACAUUCUGAUCCAGGCCAACAACGUGAAAGACGAGUACUUGGUUCCUGAGAAGUUGCUGUUGGCCAACUCUGACUUGCUACCAGAAAAGGAGGCAGUUGUGGAAACAGAGCGCUGCAGGUCUUCUUCACGCUCGGUCAAGUCUGCCUGAUCAGACAGAAAAUGGUGCCUUUUAAACACUUUUGGUGGCAAUAAACUCAUUACAGCAUCA